GCUUUGUUAAGACAACACUCGUGCCAAAAUCAAGUUCGAGCGCGUGCUAAAAAAAUAAGAUGGAUUGAGAGAAAACUGUUAAUUGACCAUGAAUAUUCAAAAAGAGUAAGAGUUGAAUAAGAUUGUCACCUCCACAAGUCAAAUAAGUCAAUGUUAUGUAUUUUUAGGUAUACAUUAGCCGGGAUACUACAGCAUUGAUUAGAGUGUUUUUGCAAGUUAACUCUCGAUUUCAGGUAUACACUACCCAGGAUACUACAGGAAUGAUUAGAGCAUUUUUGCAAGUCAACUGUAGAUUUCAGGUAUACGCUACCCAGGAUACUACAGGAAUGAUUAGAGCAUUUUUGCAAGUUAACUGUAGAUUUCAG